UUCGUUUCAUGUUUUCAAUCAGCAUUUAAUGCAUUUGUGGGUGGACGUGUGUGUCAUACCUUGUUAUUUUUAUUGUUUUUGUUAGUUAUAUAUUUCAAUUAAUAACGGCCUGAGUACUUCGUAUUGAUUUACCGACAAUAUACUUCAAAUAAAUCGCGUAUGAAAUUAUGUUGAGUUUAUGUGGGCCGUGAAAUCAUGCAGUGAUAUUUCUUAGUAAACCUCGUUCAAGAAUCACAACAAGGUAGCAAAUCCUCCAGCAUGGUAUCAUCAGGCAUGAAGAGUGGGCUGCUUAUGGGCUUCGGCUCCGGCUUCGUGGUGCUCGGAGCUGUCGCCGUCGUCUACUGGCCGGCCUUGUUCUUCGCGCAACUUCAGAAGAUGAUGGUCCUUUCUAACACUUCGACGUCGUUCGGCAUUUGGCGCGAAGUCCCGAUCCCCAUGUACCUGGAGUGUUUCAUGUUGAACAUCACCAAUGUCGACGAGAUCCUGGCGGGCCACAACGUCUCCAUACGUGUCUCGCAAAUGGGACCGUAUGUCUACAGAGAAUACCAUACAAAGGAGAACAUAACGUGGCACGACAACAACACAAUAUCAUACUUCAACAAGCGUACGUGGCACUUCCAACCGGACAUGUCCAACGGCAGCCUGUCCGACCUGGUCACCAGCAUCAACCCUAUCGUCGUGACGGUAGCGCACAUGGUCCGCCACCAGAACAGCGUAAUUCGGAUGGGUGCGGAGCUGUUCAUGCGCGCCUUUCACGACAACAUAUUCCUCACGGCGAACGUGUCGUCGUGGCUGUUCGACGGCAUCGACGACCGCGUGCUCGACAUCAGCUCGCAGAUACCGGUCGUCCAGCUGCCCUUCGACAAGUUCGGCUGGUUCUAUACGCGUAACGGCUCUAUGGAAUACGACGGCAUAUUCCUCAUGAACACCGGCGCGGGGGAUUUUUUCGAGCUGGGCAAUGUCGAGAAAUGGAAGUACUCCAACCGCACCAUGUACCGCGACGAGUGCGGCGAGGUGCGCGGCUCCAGCGGGGAGCUGUGGGCGCCCGAGCUCGGCCAGCCCGAGGUGCAGGUGUUCGCGCCUGAUAUAUGCACGUACCUGACCUUAGGUAUAGACAAGGAGGUGCACGUGGACGGCAUAGACGGGGUUCAGUACGCCGCCAACGUGUCCGUGUUCGACAACGGGUAUAACUUGCCUAGCACGGCGUGCUACUGCGACUUGAACCGCGACAGCGACUGCCUGCCGCCUGGCGCGCUCAACGUGUCGGCGUGCCGCUACGGCGCGCCCGCCUUCGUGUCGCUGCCGCACUUCCUGCACACCGACCCCUACUACCCCAGCAAGAUAGACGGCUUGGAGCCUACUGAUGAGCAUAACUUCAGACUGGCGUUAGAGAUGCUCACGGGCAUGCCGCUUAAGGUCGCCGCUCAGCUGCAGAUCAACAUGCUAGUCCGACAUAUAAACCUAGUCAGCCUGAACAACCAGUUGCCGGACCCGGACACGCUGGUGCCGAUGUUCUGGUUCCGGCAGGAGGUGCACAUUACGCCCGACUACGCGCGCAUGGCGCGGAUGGCGCUCAACCUGCGGUACGGUGUUCCGUACGCGCUCUACACGUUGACUGGCCUGGGACUUAUUCUAAUAGUAUCAGGCAUCACAGUACUAAUAAGGAGACUGCUUCUCUCGCCCGAGACCACGCCCAUACUGUCCGCUGACUCCACUUCGGACGAACAAUGACUAGGAAGGUUUUAGGGUACUUUUUACUUACAAUUUUUAAAGCUAAUAGUGUGAUAUGCCAUUCUAUGCCUUCCAUCCUCUAUUAACGACGUCAUAAACUAGGGGUGAGAACUAAAUGAACUACACUGUAAAUGACGCCGGUACGCAAGAAAUAAAUAUGUAUAAAUCUUAGACCCAAGAUGAAAAGACUGUAUACUAGUAUAACACAUCGACUGGUAAUCAUGUAAUCAAUCACAUAUGAUCCCCCAGAGGAAACAUAAAGGGUUAUGAAAUAUAUUAUAUAAGACGAAGACAAUUUAACUAACCUACGUGCCUUAAUAUAUUUGAUAAAUAUGUAACCUUUAUUAAUAAUUGUUAUUUUGAAAACCUGUUAAAUUAUAAUUUUUGUAGAUGUUUUGUUGUCUUGAAUAGUUUGUAUAAGUCAUAACUUCCCUACCGACUGUUACCUUUGAUGAGGCUAUGUUAUUAAACCGGCAUUAUGCCUGUUAACUUCAUCUACUUGUUCGAUAUCAACAUGUGGCUAGAUAGACACACCAUAACCAAAAUGAAUCCUAGACCAAACGUUAAAUAUUAUAGUUUAAUAUCACAGAGCUGUGAGGUAGGCAGUUGUAGGGUCGCUACAACAAACUAGAAUAACUAGGUAUACAUGGCGUCCCAAGACUAUGGGACAUCAAGGGAAAGUACCUUAAUUAUCGUAGAUAGGAUAUUUUGCUGAAAGAAGACAUUAAUUUAAUUUAAUUUAAAAAACAAUUUAAACUGCAUUCAUAGAUUUUUAAAUAAUUACAUGGUUGAACCGGGAAUCGACCCGCUGCACGAGAAAAAAACAUCACCCUGUAGUUUUAUCAUACCCAUAUUUAAGGUACUUUCCCUUGAUGUCCCAUAGUCUUGGGACAUCCUGUAUACUGCUCAAUAAUUAACCCACGGGACGCCAGUACAGCUGUACAGAGCGGCUACCGCGAAAACCGAAAUUCGCAAAUUGCGGGGAUCUUUCUCUUUUACUCCAACGAAGUCGUAAUUAGAGUGACAGAGAAAAAUGCCCGCAAUUUGCGAACUUCGAUUUUCGCGGUUAUAGCCCAGGUCGUAUGUUGAAUUCAGUUUUUUUUUCUUGAGCGAUCCUACCUCUGUCUAUCUGUCAAGUCAUCGUUCAAUACUUAGAUACUUACUUCCACAUACAGUUGGUAAAUAAAUAGUUUUUAUAUUAGUUGAAACUUAAUAUUUUAAAUAAGUGUCGGCAUACAGUCCGUUUUUGCCGACUACUCAUAUAUGUACGAUUUAAAUACAUAUUAUUUAAUAGAAUAUUUAUUUAAUUAGAAUAGUAGGUACUUAUUAUGUUAAAUUCAGAUCCGCAAGCUUAAAAAAUCAUUAGCGUUAAUAAAUUGAAUAGCCUUGUCAAAUAAAACAAACAACUGUCUCUAAAAAUAUUCCACAUUCCAGUAUACACUUUAGUUUCUAUAGCUGCCAAUAAAAUUUUCCAAAUGCUUUGUUUCUGAGAUAGCGCUAUUUGGCUUAGGUGGGCAAAGUGUGAAUAAUUGAACUAGUUCAGCUGCUCAGUUGAUACACGUGACUGUGUUUGUCUUGCUAAGAUUUCGUCUCGAGGAAAAGUCUCGCAUGAAAAUUUUAGGAGUUAAAUUAUACCCAUGCUACUUUUACUAUAACCAUGUUAAGCGGGUUCUAUAUGAUAAUCUUGAGCACCCUGUAUAAUUUUAAACUUAUUUACUCAUACCUCAUAUUUUAAUUGCUCAUACACGUAGUAUAUUAAGAUAUUUUAAACAAUUGUGAUGAGAACUUUUUUUUCUUUAAGCAAUAUAAUCGGUACUUAUCCGACAUGAGGCGUUAACAUGGUAGCGUUUUUGUCACCAUGCCUGUCUCGUUCUAACAAUCGUGAGUCGUAAGUGCGAAAGAUACGAAUAACGCGACAUGCUAUAAAAAACGCGAUCAUGCUACCGCCACUGAUCUUAUUUAAUACAAUGCUAACAUUACCAAAAAUUGUUUUAGAAAUCACGGAGUCACGUAAAGGGGGUCUAGCACUGACCGCGCAACUAUAAAACUAUACUCUGGCACGCCCACGUUGUCAGUAGAGAAAGGUGCGAAAAACAAAUUUUCUAUAGAAAGUCACCAUUCGCGCCAAUAUCAUCAUCAUCAUCUCAGCCAUAAGACGUCCACUGCUGAACAUAGGCCUCCCCCUUCAUGAUGGGGGGUAAAUGCCAUAAUCGCCACGCUUGGCAGGCGGGUUGGCGAUCGCAGUCGAGUACACCGAAUUUGAGGGACGCUGCUGCCCGUCCGCCGGUGGCCUUGGACGUAGUUGAAGGACAUACCCGGGUCCGCGCAUACGCGCCUACAUUUUUUUAAAUACCCGCCUUUUUCUACUUAUAAAGUGGCUAUGCCAGAGUAUCAUUUCUCGUUCACAGUGUGCGAAAGAAACAAAUGAAGGUGUCUUGCGCGACUUGAUGAGCUGCUGCGCUAAUCCUGUAGUAGUUCUUUUUUUUAUUGCUGAUCUUCAUUUGUAGGAAAUUUAGAUUAUUAUGAUGGUAAUUUAUUUAUAUCAAAGUCAUUGUUAUUAUUUAGAAGUAUUUAAUUAUAUUGUAACUAUAGUCUGUCAACCCAUUUCAUCAGUAGAAAAAAGCGGCAAAUAUAAAAAAAAAUUAGGCGCGAAGGGUUAUCUUCCUUUGGCCUUUUUCUACUGACAAUGCUGUUUGACAGACUAUACAUACUUUAUUCUUCCAUUAAUUUUACGUUAGAUAAAUAUUUUGACAAUGAAAUGGUCAAUGCGUAUGUAUUUAUAAAUAUAAUUAUGAGACAAGUGAUUCAGGAAAACAAUAAUGCUUCAAAAGAGCUUACUGCCUUUAUAUGCAGUUGUUACAUUUGUUCCUAAUGUUAUUAUCCACUUACGUUUUAUUGGAACUUACGAAGCGUACGGACAAAGAAUGACGUCAUAGUUUCAUAAUUUUAUAUACGGAUUGCUUUAUAUAUAAAAGAACGACCAGACCAUAAAUGAACUAGGAUAAUUGAAUAAAUUAAGGGGGGUGAUUUUUACAUCGUCACAUAAUUUUCAGAAUGUUUACAGAAAGCUGGAAACCUACUUAAAGCUUCCAGGCUUAAGGAGGCGCCAUAGGCCAUCAGUAAGAAGUGCAUAUACAUACUUGGAAAAAUUCGACCUAUGCCGCUGUGGCCCGGUGGUCCAAUGACACAGGCACCUGCCGCGAUAGCAGAGGACGCUGGUUCGAUUCCAGUCUAGGGCACUGGAGGCUUUGGUAGGUUUUCCUGAGUUUAUGAUAUUUAUUUCAGUUUAUUACUCAUAGCUUGUUACCUAUGUUUUACCUAGACAGACAUCGUUAACAAUUAAUGUUUUCUAUUCAGUCAUCUAUAAUCUAUCUUUUUUCCGUAGACUAAAAUGACAUUUCAUCCUAUGGAAUGUUAUUUUAUGUUCAUAAUAUGAAAUGUCAUUUUAGUCUACCGAAUAAAAAAUAGACUUUAACGAACCUUGUUACCUUUAACAACUAGAUAAUGUCUUGUUAAAAAAAAUUGUCGACGUUGUCUGCAUCUGGGUCACCUGAUUUUGUGCCAAUUUUGUUCUUAUAAUAUGUUUUCGAUUCUAGCUAAGCAAAUGUUAUGUGAUUGUUGAUACAUUUUAUAAAAUUUAAUAAAAAACAGAAAGGUA